AUGCGAGUGUCCAGUAUACCCACUGUUACAAAAGCACUGGCCGCAGUCACAAACUCCUCGACCGGAACAUUUUGGGCCCUGAAAAAAGAGGUAUACUUGUGCAAGCAUUCACCGGUGCUUGCAUUUCGGUGCCUAGCUGUCAGGCUACCCAAAGGAAGCACGACGGCUGGGAUACUGCCAGGUUGCCCAAGUCUAGACAGGGGAAGUCGAGAGGCAGAGGUCGGGUUCGAACCACGGACCUUCCGGUCAGUAAAUUCGCGCUCUAACCACUUGGUCCAUCUCGCCCCAUCAUCACAUGUUUUCGAGAAAUACACUCAUUUGCAAAUCAAUUUGGUUUUCACGGGAGACUCAAUUGAAUCUCUCGUUUAUGAUGUCCUCCAGCUGAAUGUGCUGCACACAGGCCGCCUCAUGAUUCAACUCACGCGUUUGGGAAAGCUUUUACGCACUUUGGCCUAUCCAUGUUAUUUAAGUGCACUCCCUACAGAUGAGAAUCAGCAAGCGAGUUGGCUCAAGUGGUUAGAGCGCGAAUUUGCUGACCGGAAGGUCCGUGGUUCGAACCCGACCUCUGCCUCUCGAGUUCCCCUAUCUAGGCUUGGGCAACCUGAUAGUAUCCCAGCCCUCGUUUGGCAUAGCAGCUAG